UUUUUUUUUGGCCACUCCAAAUGCAAUGGCUUCUUCUCCGGCUAAUCAUUUGAUCUAACAAAGAGAGAGAGAGAGAGAUAAGUAGAAAAAGGAAGGUCAGAGAUGGCGAUGCCGCUGGGCAUGGCGAUGUAUCUGAUGAGAAUGGUUUGGUUAUCUCUGAGUGGUUGGGUCUUCACUUGCGUGGCUAUCGCUGACGAGAUUGCUGGUUCUCUAAGAAACGGAGAUAUUGGUCCUUUCCAUGUCGGUUGAUCCCAAUUUUCCAAGAUUUUCUUUUAGCUCUCUCCUUCUGUUCUGUGUGCGUAUCUCUUUUUCCUCUUCCCCCCGAAGUUUACGUUUUUUCUUUUUUUCUUGGCUCUGUGUUGUUUUCGAUUAGAGUUGCUUCAAAUUCCCUUACACGGUACAACCCCAAAAUUGAGAAUAGCUUGGGGUUAAUAGAAGGCAACAAGAUAUAUCAUAGUUGUUCGAAAAAGGGAACAAUUUUACGACUUGGAAGUGACUUAGUAUCUGUAUGAGUCACUCAGUGUGUGUCUGUGUAACUAAUGUUCUGUUUCAUAUAUGAGACUGUAUAUCUUUAUGGUUCCAUUCCAUGGAUGUUGAUGAUGCUUGUUUCCUUGUUA